AUGGCGUCGCUUGUUGUCAAGCUGCACGAAAUAGUAAAUGAGUACAUAAAAAGGGCUAAUGACAAGGAAUUAGCAGGUAAAAUCGGAUCCGAAGUUCUGUUACGAUCUAAAGAAGUUGUAAAAAAGUAUAUGUAUGUAGGAGAAGAUGCGUGCAUGUAUCAUGUUGCUGAACUAUACCCAAUGGUUUCGCGAGAAUUGCUUUGUUGGACCAGGAUCGCAAGUCGUAGAAUGAAGGCCGCAACUUGUUUGGCUCAUCCCUGGCAAGUCUGUAUUGUUAGAAAUAUGCACGAAGAAAUUUUUAAUUUGUUAAGGCUUACAGUCAUUAAAGGCGAUUAUGGCAUUGUUGUUAAAAAGACCAAAUGUGUGGAACAGCUUCAUAUAACUACAGCAGAGGCAGCUAUUCACUGGAUGAUACAUGUUAUACAGGAAAUUACUACAGUUGAUGAAAAUGACAUUUUGUACAGGUUGUUAAGGAACAAUGGGUUCUGUAAAGCAGUAAUUUCAUGUAGUCACCCACUGAUUAUAAACUUCUCCAAAAGGCAAGGAAAUGUAAAGAUUAUUUUUCAUUAUGGCCAUUGGAACCAGUUUGGUGUUCCUCAACAUGUUUUCUAA